CGGCGGAGCCGGCACCCAGUUAGUUACACCUGUGAAGCGGAGACAACAAACGGCUACGACCGCCCUACGCUUACGCCUUUCACGCCCACUUCACGCACAAGCAGCACGGGUGGUCCCAGAAGCUCAUCCAGGUUUGCCUUCAGAUGGGCUGUGGGCUGGCCCUGCAGUGACACACCGCAGUUGAGAAAGUGCUCACGUCUUCCUUCUGAAGUCCUCCUUCGGAAGAGUCAGAGGAGAAAAAAAGUCACUGUUAUACGUCCAACUUAGAGCCACUUAUCUUGGGAGCACGCAGCGUUCUGAGGCUCGGUCGAGAAAGCGAGUAACUUAUGUCAGUUAACUAGGUGCGGGAAGGUGACCCAUAACCUCAGACACCUGCCUCAGAGCGAACCCUAGGAGUGCGGGGACAAGUGCCAGACUCUGCUGCCUUAUCAUGUACAGCAGAGCCUACAUCUUGCUGCAAAGAGAAUUCCAAGAGUUGAAGAAAAACAAUUAUGAGGGUAUUACUGGCUUUCCUGUAAGUGAAGAUAUGAUGCAAUGGGAAGCUGAUAUUGAAGGUCUACAGAAUACAGUUUGGCAUGGAUCAUUCUUCCAACUGAGAAUAAAUUUUACAUCGGAGUAUAAUUUUGUCCCUCCAGUUGUGAAAUUUAGAACAAUUCCUUUUCAUCCAAAUGUAGACCCACAUACUGGCCGUCCCUGUAUAGAUUUUUUGGACAACACUCAUAAGUGGAAUAGAAGCUAUACAUUGAGCAGCAUCUUACUUACCCUCCAGGUUAUGCUUUCUAAUCCAGUGCUAGAAAAUCCAGUGAAUUUGGAAGCAGCCCAUAUACUGAAUAAAGAUGAAACUCUGUACAGGCAAAUAAUUCGAAGACGUUUCCACCAGCCAUUACAAUCAAAAGAUGACAGUUCUGAGUCACCUAAAGAGCCAGAUAAAUUUAACAGAUCAAUUAAAUCAGUCUCAUUUUAUGAUUACUACAAGACUUGGUCUAGAAUAGCCACAUCAAAAGCCACAGAAUAUUACAGAACUCCAUUGCUUGAAGAUCCAAAUUUCAUUGGAGAGUAUUACAAAUGGAAGAAAAAUGAGCUAAGAUGCCCUAAAGAAUGGGGUUUAAAGUAA